AUAACAAUAAAAUUGUUUAAUGCAACGCGAGAGCCCACGAUGAGAAACUUCUUUGUGAACACCUCAAAUUGUCGGAUGCCAGCCCCCGAUCCCUUUACGUCUGAUGUUCUAAUGAUAUACAGAAAAGUACUAUACAGGCAGUGCGAGCCCGGCAAGGAUCUCAUUAAGGUGAACUUUAAGGAGGGAGUCUACAGUUUGCAUAUGAGCGAGGCGAAUUUAACGUGUUGCUAUAAGCAAAUCCUGCGCUCCGGAGUUGGCGCCUACGCGGAUAUGGAGUAUAAAUUGCUGCCUUGUAGUAAUUUUCAUCAAGACUUUAAUGUUCCACGUCAUGUAGAUGCCAUCAUCACCGAGUGCCGUCGACUAAGCGAUAAAAGGCUAUUGCAACAAGAUGCUUUCAGUUUUGUGCAACCAGCUAAACAUUCAGACAAUCUAACAGCUGUGAAUGAUUCAAGCACAAGUGAGUCUACCGAGAGAAGGCCGAGUGUUCUACUGUGGGGCAUUGAUUCAUUGUCGCGAAUGAACUUCCAGCGGACUAUGCCGUUGAUGUUCGAGUAUCUCAAAGAAGAGAAUUGGUUCGAGCUGCAGGGCUACAACAAGAUGGCAGAUAAUACAUUUCCCAAUUUGAUGGCGAUUCUGACAGGCUUGAACAGCACUGGCUCCAUAUCUGUCUGCCAGCCAAUGAAUGUGGGCGGCCUGGAUGCUUGCCCAAUGCUCUGGAAAGAAUACAAAGAGAAGGGCUAUGUCACUGCCUAUGGGGAGGACUGGAGUAAAUAUUCUACGUUUGACUAUGUGUUUAAAGGCUUUAGGGAUCCUCCAACGGACUACUAUGCACGUCCCUUAAUCUUGGCCGUUGAGAAGGAGCUAAAGAAGAAAUACGACACGGCUUUACCAUACUGUGUGGGGCGUCGUCAUUUUGCGGAGUACAUUUAUGAUUUUGCCUUGCAGUUUACGGAAUUUUACAAAAAUCAGUCCACAUUUGGCAUGUUCUGGACAAAUACAUUUAGUCAUAAUAAUUUUGCCUUGCCCUCUUCUAUGGAUGCCAAAAUCGUUGAAUACAUGCGCUCAUUGCAGAGAAGUGGAGCAUUUGAAGAGUCGAUUAUUUUGUUCUUUAGUGAUCAUGGUAUGCGUUUUGGUAAGCUUCGCGGAUUGGAGAGUGGAUUUCUGGAGGAACGGAUGCCCAUUAUGUAUAUUUGGCUGCCGCAUUGGUUUAGGCAAAAAUAUCCAGAGUUCGCGCAUAAUUUACAGCUAAACAGGAAUCGUUUGAGCUCCCCAUACGAUAUCUAUGCCACUUUGAAGCAUAUUCUGGAGCUGGAAACGCCGCCGGCAGACUUGCCACGACCUGAUGGUUGUCCCAACUGUCAUAGUCUGUUUUACGAAUUGGAUGAAUCAAGAGAUUGCUCAGAUGCUGGCAUUGAUGAGCAUUGGUGUACUUGUGUGGAGCUCGAAAAUGUUCCGAAGACUGAUUCAAAAGCAAAAUUAAUUGCAGAACAGUUGGUUGAAGCAACGAACAAUUACUUGGCUGCUGAAAAUUUAAUUGGUAUUUGUCAUAUCCUAAAACUAAAUAGUAUUGAGUCUGUGCAAAAGAAAACUUUGACAAACUCAAGGCAAUCCAACUCUUACCUCGUCCGAUAUGAGACGGAACCAGCGAAGGCGCUCUUUGAAGCAACGGUGGAGUGGAAUGAAAUAAGCCAGAAUAUCACUAUUUCUGUGCCCAGCAUCAGCCGAAUGACGUCUUACAAUGAACACUCCAAGUGUAUAGAUGACAAAGUGGCCAAAAAGUUCUGCAUCUGUGCGAGCCCAGGCAGUUGACUCAAUCAAUUCCGGCUGCCGAAGUGGUUGGAGUACCGCAUCACCAACCACAGACAGAAAUGUAAUUGCCCUAGACAAGAUGCAUCUGCAUUCCUUCGUGUACUCGAAAUCACUAUAUGUGGCAGUAAUUCAAUUCUACGAGCAUUGUUGCCAAUGCCUAUCGCCAGUUCCGAUCUCACCCCAGAAUCUUUCAGGCAAAUUAGUUUACAAUUAUAUGACAAUUGCAAGAGACAAUUGCGGCAAUAUCAGCGAUCGGAGUAC